GGUGGGUGUGCUCGGGGCGCGCGCGCCGCCAGCGCCUCAGCCUGCUGCUCCGCCCGCGCCUCCUGCUCCCGGCUCGGCCCCAGCGCGCCGGCUCCCGAGCGCCCUUGGGCGGCGCGGGGCCCGCGGUGCAGAGUCCGCCAACCCCGGACCCGCGUCCCGCACCCUGACGGUCCCGGAUAUGGACCUUUCUUGAACAGUUCAGAAAAUCAAAGCAGAAAAGAGCCAUGGGGGUGUUGAUGUCCAAGCGGCAGACAGUGGAGCAGGUGCAGAAGGUGAGCCUGGCAGUGUCUGCCUUCAAGGAUGGGCUGCGGGAUAGGCCUUCCAUCCGACGUACAGGUGAGCUUCCAGGGUCCCCCCGUGGCACUGUAGAGGGCUCCGUUCAAGAGGUGCAGGAGGAGAAAGAAGCAGAGGCAAGUAUCCCAGUGCUCCAAGAAGAAAGCAGUGUCAACCGUGCAGCCUGGGAGAGGCUCCGAGAUGGGCGUGGAGUAGAACCUGAGGAGUUUGACAGGACCAAUCGUUUCACACCCCCUGCCUUCAUCCGCCCCACCCGGAAGCUGGAUGAUGACAAACCUCCAGAUAUCUGCUUGGAGCCCAGAGAGCCUGUUGUCAACGAUGAGAUGUGUGAUGUCUGUGAGGUCUGGACUGCCGAAAGCCUCUUUCCAUGCAGGGUCUGCACAAGGGUUUUCCACGAUGGCUGCCUGCGCCGAAUGGGCUACCUCCACGGAGACAGUGCAGCGGAGGUGACUGAGAUGGCGCACACAGAGACAGGCUGGAGCUGCCACUACUGUGACAACCUCAACUUGCUGCUAACUGAGGAGGAAAUGUACAGCCUCACAGAGACCUUCCAGCAGUGUAAAAUCAUCCCUGAUUGCUCCCUGACGCUGGAGGAUUUCCUGCGCUACCGCCACCAAGCAGCAAAGCAAGGGGACAGAGACAGGGCUCUAAGCAAGGAACAAGAGGAACAGGCAGCUCGCCAGUUUGCAGCCCUGGACCCUGAACAUCGAGGACAUAUAGAGUGGCCUGACUUCUUGUCCCAUGAGUCCCUCCUGCUUCUGCAGCAAUUGCGUCCCCAGAACUCUCUGUUAAGGCUUCUGACAGUCAAGGAGAGGGAGCGAGCCCGAGCCACCUUCCUGACACGUGGCAGCGGGAACACUAUCAGUGAGGCAGAGAGCCGCCAAGCCCAGCACUCUUGGUUCUGCAAACGCCUCGCAGAAGCUCCUUCCUGCAGUGUCAGCAUCAGCCAGGUGGGUCCGAUAGCAGAUAGCAGCCCAGCCAGCAGCAGCAGCAAGAGUCAAGACAAGGCCCUGCUACCCACAGAGCAGGGGUCCAGACUUGUGAACUGGCCUACCUUCCUGCGGGAGAAUGUCGUCUACAUCUUGGCUGCUCGCCCCAACAGCUCAGCCAUUCACCUGAAACCCCCAGGAUAGCAUGGAGCAGAGAAGCUCAAUUUGGGGACAGUGGCAUUCUCUCCCUCUGUUCCUUUUACCCUUCCCCCACCAACAUCUAGUACUGAGACUUAGGGAGAUGGAGCACUGCCAGCAUCUUGAUUUGUCACUAAACUUUAUGGCACUGAAACUACUAUUCCCCCCACCCCCAACAGAGGCAGUAAAUACAUUGCUACAGGAAAACAAUUUGUGGGAUUUGUGGCAGCAUCCAUUCCUGGAUGACCCCCUGCCCUCACAUCACAGACUAGACCUGACUACACACAUAUAUGCAUGGACAUGUGUGCACGCGUGCGCGCAAAUUCUGAUUCCUGGUGUCAGAGAUGGCAACUAGUCUGUGGAGUCCUACAUUAGGAAAGGGGGGGCAGCCCCUCCCAGAGACCCAGAACUCUAGGAACCUCUUAGCCAGAUUGUUUAAGUCCAAGAGUCUUUAGCAGAAGAGUCAAAAACCAAGGUGAGCCAUCCUGGCCCCUGUUUUCCAGAUGGGCAUUCAUGGCCCAGAGCCCAAGGGGCCUGAAUGGAACAAGUAUGUUGGCAAGAGUCCCAGACCUCUGCGUUAGAUGGUUCAGAUAAGUCAGCUACCACAGAGACCAAAGUCUGAGUUCCAGUGAAGGCAAGAUCUGGAUAGAAGAGGAGAGGAGGAGGCUCAUGCUUUUCUAUCCUUCCAGCUCAACUAAACUAUAGACUAGAAAAGAGUGCCAUUGCAUGGAGAACAAGAGCCAGCCUCUUCCACAGCCCAAGAAAGAACCACUCCAGAGAAGCCCUAAGCAGGGACUCCUUUCAGCCACUCUGACGAUGAGGACAAGAGGCUGGAGCUAAGAAGAGGAUUUGCAUCUCAGCUGUCUUGAGCAGAGAAAGUCCCAGCAAAUCCUCACAGGAGGUGGUUUCCCUUCUCCCCAUGUGGCCUGAGUUGCUGCUUCUCCCUGCUAAUCACAACAUGUUCUUCCCCACCAGGCUAGGGCCUGGACCUGGCAUGGGAUGACUUUGAGGGCAAGCAGAGGCAGCCACAAGGCCACCAAGCCUGGCUUCUAAGCCCUAGCUGUCCUUCCCAAAUUCUCAUCAAGAUCUCAUGUCAGUGCAUGUUGUGAGUCAGCUCUGGCCCUGGGGUCCAGGUUUGUUUCCAGCCUAAUGACUUAGGUUUAGCUAGAUCUGACUACCAAGAGUUAUUUGAGAGGGAGUUGGCUCAGUCAUGCAGAAGAUAACAUAUCCCCAUUGCUCAAGGCCCUCGUACUAAGUUGGGUGCUUAACAGAAGUAGUAGCAUACAGCUCAGUGUUGAGAUGCUCAGAGGAAAGGGAGUAAGCUGCAACCAGGGGCUUGGUAAGAGCACUGUAUGGUCAUCUCCUGUAGACACUGCCUGACCUAGAAAGAGGGUGAGAAGCUUUUGGGGUUGGGAUUAUUUAAGACUGAAAUGAAACACAAGAUGAAUAUGGGUUCAUGUGUAUGGCCCUGAACAUUUCAAACCCACAGCUUUUUGUAAAUACUACUUAGCCAUUUUCUCAAUACUAAUCAGUAGAAGGGCCCAUUACUCAGCCAAAAUAAAAAAGAAAGCACAUGACUCUUAGGUACAAGGACUGCAUGUGACAUAGCCAGGCCUGGGGUUUUGCACUGAGAAGAUAAAAGCACACUAAGCACAGGGGCCUUUGCUUACUCUCCUGGCAAAUCACCUUCUGUGCCAAUGGCCUUGGGCUGCUUGAUCUCACAGAAAAGGCAUUUUCAGGAGAGAGAAGCUCUGGGCUUUGAGAGCUUAACAGCUUUCUCCUCCUGCCUUGUCAUAAGUCACAGGGCCUGGAAGUCCCUUUUCUUGUUCCCUGAUCCUGUACAGAUCAGGGUGAUGCCUACCUCUCUGGAGCAGCUUCUCACUUUUUGUGAGUGAGUGGUGAACGACCGUGGGGCAGAUCAGACUGGCUGGAUCCCAGGGCCUGGCAAAGUAGGCCCCAGAGUUCUUCUACAACAGAAUCAGGCCCAUUUGGGAUCAUCUGUCUCCCUUUCCUAGGAGAGCAGGCUUCCUUGGUUGGUGCAUGCUGCAGCGGGCCCAGGCGACGCUGCUCCCAGCACAGGGUGGAGCUUCCAGUCCACAAGAGUCCUAGGAAGCCCACAAACACCGAGGAGCAACCAGCCUCUUCUCUGUAGGCACCUAGCUUUUUAUCAAAGAAGUUCCAUUGCUCCCCCGUUCCAGAGCUGCAGAAGCCCCACCUCAACCCUGUCUGGGGUCUCUCUUUGCAGUGCUGUAAUCCAUGGAAACUCUGCACUGUGUAUGGAGAUGUUAAAACUUUUAUAAACCCAGUGAAGCCCAUUCCCCUUCCUUUUCAAGCCUUUCCAUCACUGUGACUGUCAGAAAUUCUGCCAAGUACAAAAAUUAGUGUCUGACUCUAUUAAGGGUAUGAGAAAAUGUUAAGUCUUUUCUUCUCAGCUGCCCAAAAUUGAGACCAGUACUUUUCCCCAGCACCACCCACUCCAUCUCCCAGCGGGGUUACAUAAAUGCUCUGAAGACCACUUGUCCUAAGCUGUUUUUCACCCAGCAGUCUUCUUCCCGACACUCAGAUUUAAAGAUAGGGGCAUCUGGAUGACACAGUGGAGCUGCAGGGACACAGGGUCAGGUAAGCCAGUAGCUAUGGACACAUAACCUCUCCAGGUCUGCUCCAUGGCUUCCUCUCCUGAGACCAGUGUUCCCCAAUAGAUAACAGGCUGCACUUUUGAGCAAUGGCCCCUUUGGAUCCCAGGGACAGGGAGUUCCCUCACUUACAUACUGACCUGCUCUCAAGUGCUCUUCUUCCUUUGAGGACAGCCACAGCUGAAGCCAUGAGUGCACUGCCUUUUUGUGCCCUGGGUUCAAAUGACCAGGACUGCAGGGCAGACACUGGCCUUCCUGGUCCUGGUGCUCCCUAAGGGAUGUCACCCUGGCCUUGUUUGGGUGGCCAAAUCUGGGGGUUCCCCCAUUCCUAUCACCAAUAAGGGAAGCAAAUAAAAACUGCCUGGGAAAAGGGCAGCUCGCUGCAGGAGUGAGCUAAAGAUGGUUUGGGGGCCUGUUAGCCCAAACCACAGUCUCAAUCAUUGCAGAUUUCAUAGCUUCAGUAAGAGUGGUGCAAGAAACCCUAAAAUCAAGAGGAAAGCUCAGCAGAAGCUGUUUGGGAAGAUCCGAGGCUAGCCAUGGCCACCCAGAGCCAAAAGUACCCUCCAGGCAAGACUGGUAACAGGCUCUAGUGACCUGUAUGAAUGUCCCCUUCAAACCAGUAAAGUAAAGGCAGAUGGAUACUCAGCACUAAAAGGCAGAACAACCUUGACACCAGGAUUUCAGGACAUCCUGGCAGCACCUGUAACUACAACCCCUUUUUGACCCUCUAUUUACAGUGGAAUAAAAUUGCUCCUUUCUCCAUGCCACUUAGUUUGAACUUGCUGAGGAUCUCUCUGGGCCCCUGGCUGCAGACCAAACAACAGAGAUCUCCCUGAAUGGGAGGUAUUAAUGUGUCAGGCUUCUUCCCAACAGCCUUGGAGUCGGGUGGGACUGGGCAUUUUCCCUGAUGGCUUUCCUGCUGCCACUGCUUUUGGCAACCUUGAAAGGAAACUGGUUACAGAAUUUCCACUAGACCUAACUAGCACUAAGGAAACACUUCCCUCUGGGCCACAUGCCACAAUUAUCCAGCCCAUAGAGAGGGUGUCAGGCCUGUCUGGGCCAGUGACUAAGAAGCCCAAAUACAUUCCAGUUUGGAUAGUAUGGGCUGGCUUGACCACAGGUGAGAAUGUUGAGAGUAGCAAGGCCUUUUCAUAUUCAUGGUGAGACAAAGGCCUUCAAGCUUAACCUCCUCUAAGAGAUGGCCUACAAUCUGUGUCCCAGCCAAACACAAGCUUGUGAGAGGAACUCUGAGAGCACUCAAACAAUAAUUCAAGCCCUCUGGUCCCUCACACCCUUUCUGUAUGCUUUUCUGCGCAAGGUAACUUGACAGUAAGCUGAGGGGAACAUCCCCAAGCCCUGUCUUCCCACCACUACAGCUGCAUGCUUCUCCCCAUGGCUCAGCAUUCACACCAGAAGGUGUGAUGCUCCCAUAAGCUGGGCAUGGUGGAUAUCAUAAUAAAUAGAUUGUGAUGCUA